CAUCGCGUCGAGCUCCCAGUGUUCCGUGCUAGCACAAACGCACGACAUAGAUAGCUCUAGCAGUGUGCCCAGUCACUAAGGAUUACACGAGUUUUAGCAAAGUUGUGUGACGGCGCUCGUCGUAGGCGGCGGCAAUGGUGGUUAAUGCCAGGAGCAUCGUUUGAGUCGAAUAUUUAUUUUAAACGACUACUGCUGGUACUUUUACUCAGUUUGCGAUAGAAUAGAGCUGAAACUGCGUUAAAAUUUAAGCAGACUACUAUAAUAACUGGCAAGAGAGUACUGUUACUAACUCUUCGUGUGUUUGUCUCUGUUUUUGCGCUUAUGCAAGCAGUUGUCUUUCUCGUUGGAUUCGUACUAUAUUACUAUACAAACUGAUAUUGAUACGAAUAGCCAUAGACAACAGAAGAAAACGACAAACACUAAUCAGAACAGCAACACGAGCUGGUGAUCUGAGUUAUCGAGCUAGUCAGACGGCUUCAGAGUGUGCUUCUUUACGUGACAACAGUUCAUCAGGAGACGAUUCAAACGUCGAAUACCAUUUACAACAGUGUGUCGAUAACAGGUUGUUUCUCAGGAGUACAUCGAUUGAAUACGGUGCUGAUUCGACGGGUAUAGAACACUAUUUCUCGACUAUCCCGAGGAUAUAUAUGAAUGACGGGCUAUUUUGACGGCUUCAUUGGUGAGGGCCUGCUUGUUCGUUACGGUUUACGUGCUUGAUCUAUGUGCGACUUUGAAGUGUGUCAAUGCCUCAGGACUAACAACAUCUAGGACUAGUCAACGAAACACUUUUGUUCGUUCGUUCGUUCGUUUGUAGUGAUCGCUUACGCUGUCGCCAGCUAGCAUAUUCAUUCGCUAUUUUUCUCGUGUCGGUUUCGAAGUAGCUUGUCGGUAGUUGUUUUUGGAAAACGCCAAGAAGGAUACGCGUGCGCUACACCAACUGAGUACGACCAAUACGACACUAGUUUGUUAUCUCUGUGUGUGAGAGUGAAAAUAAAAGUGGCGUAACUAUUCGCCUCGGUAUAUCAUCGACACUACUAACGGCUUUAGGAGCGAAGUAGAGUUUGUGCGGCAAGACAAUGACUGUGCAGCGAUAUCUGCAGAUCCAGAGCGCUGGCCACCAGCAGCAGACCCAGCCGUCACAUCAUCAGCACCCACAGCAACAGCAGCAGCAGCAGCAGCAAAACUCCAAUAACUCGAGUAGUCCAGGUUCCGGUAACGGCGGGACGCAACAAAGCACAGGUACUAGCAAUGGAGGUCAAAUGACUCAUCAUCGAAAGCUUGACCGUUCAUUAUCUGAGCCGAAAAAUCAGAAAGGCGGCCAGAACGGACAAAACAGCAAUUCGUCCCGAUACAAAACUGAACUCUGUCGAUCAUUUGAGGAGAGCGGUGUAUGUAAAUAUGGCGACAAGUGCCAGUUCGCGCACGGUUAUCAGGAGCUUCGUACACUAACGCGCCAUCCGAAGUACAAGACCGAACUAUGCUGUACCUUUCACACGAAGGGUCUCUGCCCAUACGGCUCUCGAUGCCAUUACAUUCAUAAUCCGGACGAGAAUCGCGCCAAGAUUAUGCCACAAAUGUCAACACUUGGCCAGCAACAGCAGCAGCAGAGCACGGCUACGUCUAUUUCCGGUUACGGGCUUCAGCAGCAACAGCAGACGCAUCCUCAUCAGCAGACGCCUGUGGGUCUGGGACUCCAACCACAGUCGCAGCAGCAGCACCAUCGUGCCACCGUACAGAUGACUAGUGUCAACGUGAAUGGUCCGUCGCUGAACGGACAUGCAGUUCACGGUUGUAAGCCUCUGCACGCCAGUCUGUCGUCGCCAGCGAUUGGUAUGGCGCCCAGUCACAAUGGCUCGGCAUCCAUCUCUAAUCACCAUCAGGUGUCGCACCAACCGGCUUCACUGCGGUCGCUUUCCUUGGGCAGCAGCGUUGGUUCGGGCUCGUCUGGAGAACUUUCGCCAUCAUCGUCGCCAGGCAUGUUCGAAGAUCCGUUUUCGCCUAGCAUCUAUGGAGCUCCGUCAGUCGCGUCCCGAUCGCUGUCGAACAACCCUCUGUUUUCGGCGUUCGGUGGGGACCUCGAAAUGUCGACGCUCGCAGCCGCCUUCAGCGCUGCCGAGGGCCAUGCUAGCUCUCAUAGCCUCCUGAAAAAUGCGGGGUCGGCGCCAGUCACGCCGCCGUUCGGAUCUCAGCUGAGCCUGCUCAGCUCGUCGGGUCCAUGGAGUUCGCCCAGCUCGGACAUGUUCCCCUUCCCAAGCGCUGGUGUUAGCCUCCAGCAUUCUCAAAGUCUUUCGUCUACAGCGAUGCAGCAAAACUCCGCUGCUGGACUCGGGCUUGGCUGUGGCCAGCUAUUCGGCGACUCGGAUGUGACCCAGCAAAGCCAGUCUAGUCCCGUGAAUUCGCUUACGUUUGAUUUCGACGCCGUCUCCCUUGGCUCGGCAUCGUCUGCCGGUUCAGUCAGCUCUGGGAGUCUUUCCCCAGGUUCGCCCAUUCUCCAGGGCCGACCCGCCAGUCGCACCAAUCAUUCGCCGCUAACUCGUCUGCCUAUCUUCAACAAACUUGCUCACUCUGACUAAAAUUGCCGUAGAUGUAAUUUUAUGCGUACUCAGUGUGUCGUACCAAGGCGGGCCUCUGCCGAUCCCUGUCCUCUGUCAGUUGUGUCGUACUUACAGUAAGAAGAUCCGUUUAUAGCGUCGUCUGACGUUGUUAACGAGGAUGCUUCUUGUACGGUAUUGUCGCCUCACCUCUUGUCGUUCAUGAAAGAGAUGAUAGAACUGACACAGUGGUGACAUAGGACGUGAAACGGCGGGGGUCUUGGCUGAGCCCCCUUGACCGAAAGCCAAUAUAUGAGUAGAGUUGAGAAUAUCCAGUUAACUAAUGUUGACUCAUCUAAGAGUUCUUCCCACAAGAGUGACGGUCGGCAACCGCUUCGGCUAAUUUAAUAUUCCAGAAAAAAAAACAAAUGCAGAUUGAGACGUUUAUAAAAAAGAAAAAAAAACUUGGGGGAACUGGUGUCUCACAACGAAGCUCAAUUCCCAUAUGGCCGCGCUCCUGGCAUUGAGUCCGCCUUGAUACUACACCUACCAUUUUCGUACACGAUCAAUCAUCAAUCGAUUCAAGUCGAAUCCAUUUUUCAAGUUUAGUUACUUUCUCAAUCAAUUUAGCUAUCACCUCCCCCCGUCCCCCCAAUAAGCCUUAUUUACGUUUACGCUUCAUCGACGUCAUCACCUACACAAAUUGUUUAUUAUAAGUACAGUUAUUGAUUUAGCUAGACAUAUGCAUAUACUCCAUAACUUUACCCCCUAGUAUUUUCUGUGCUUUCGAUUUAGCAAGCGUCAAGAAUAAAAUGAGAGAAAAUCAAAUAUAUAUAUAUAUAUAUAUAUAUAGACAUACAUAUCUUUCUAUACUUUGACCGUGCGAGCGAAAAAGGAAACAGCUUGUAGAAUGAACCAGGUAGAUUUUUCUUGCAGCAUAAAGCGAUUGUCCCUAUAAACUGUUCAUUACAAAUAUAAUCAUUGACCUAGCUAUUAAAUACAUACCUAUACCUCAUAGAUUUAUCCCCUAGUAAAUUCUGCGCUUUCAAGUUAGCAACGGUAGGGCAAAAAAUGAGAAACAAUCAAUAUUUUCAAUAGAAUAUAUAUAUAUAUACUGGACUGCGUGAGCGGGCGAAAUAACGAAGCAUGGGUAAUGAUACAAUAACAUGAUUGCCUCACCCAUUCAUUUAUUUAAGAUAUGAUAAAAAAACAAAAAAUUUUAGAAAAUUAAAAAAAUUGAGAGGACGAGUUUUUAAAAAGGUUUAAGACCAGCAGUGGAUUAAGCAGCAGUAGAUGGCAAUGGUUGCAUUUGUGUUACGAGUGGUCUGUGACAGCACGCGGUAGUAAGCGAGCAUACAAUUCCAAACAAAAAAAGAAAACGACUGGAAAAUGCUACGCAAUGGUGUCGGACCCCUCUGGAGGUUCGGGCGUAGGCAAGGGGCGCUGUAGUUGCAGAAGUGCAGAAGAAGUUGCGGGCAGGUGCUUACGUGGCAAGAACCUGGAAGGCGAAAAAAAUCCGAUACUGUGUCUGUGCUUCAACAAAGUUCAGAUCUCAGAGGUCGACUAUCAAUCGAACCUUAAAAGCGUAACGCAGCAACGUACCCGUACUUGAACUAGGGAUGUGAAGAAUCGGCAAGAAUUAGUGUCAAUAAAAAGCCUGCGUUUUUUUCACUCGACCUACCUUCCUAGCGGCACUUUACCUCAGUCAUCGAACAACAGUGGCAUAAAAUGUGAUUCGGGGUCGAUAAUAAUAACUCUGAUGAUAAUAAUAAUAAUGCUAAUAAGUAUACGGCGAUUUGAAAGCCGAAUAUGUGGUGGUGAGCUACAAGCCCUGAUGUUUCCCCAUUCUCCGCGGUACGAGUAAGUGUGAGCAGCAAGAAGCUGACCUUUGCGACCAGCAUCAACGACGAACCCUAUCACAAAUCGACUUUUCUGCGAGAGUUCGGGUGCUAUGAAAGGAUAUACAAUGACCAGAUGUAAUUUAUCGAGACAAAUAAGCAAACAAAUUAUUUCAAAGCUAACAUCGACAUCAACACUUAAAGCUACCAGCAUAAACAUCAGCAAUUUGAAGAACGGCAAGAAGGCAGCAAGAUCAAGUUCGACGAGACAGAAAGAGAAAUAAUCCAUAAUAUAGAAUAAAAAAAGAAACACUUGAAGAACAUUCAGGACUUUCAUGGACACACCGAAAAGAAGACCAGGUCCCGUACUUCGCGAAAUCGGGAUUCUUGGGUAGCGGCGUAACCCCAAAACACUCUACUGCGGUUAUUUUAUUGCAUAUUAUAUAUUAAGUUAUUUAAUUUACUUCUCUAAAUUAUAUGCUUAACGUAUAAACACAUAUUAUAUAUAUAUAUAUAUAUAUAUAUAUAUAUAUAUAUAUAUAUAUAUAUAUCAAAUGGCUAUGACCUUCUGUAGUAAUAGUAUGUAUUAAAGGCAUGUAAAGUGUACACAGAUUCAAAAGGCGGCGUCCACUAGGGUGGCGUCCGGGAUAAGGUUCGCGGUGACCUUUUCACUGCUGGCAUCAAUGGCCUAGCCGUACGCCUUCUCAAAUCCCUGACUUUGUAAAAAGACAGUCCCCUGCUAUCUUUUAUUAACGUUGAAAACUGAUGAGACAGUACAGAUUAACUUCAACUAUGUCAUUGUUAAAUAAUAAUGGACGCACGAUCCAUGGCGUCGGUGAUGACGGUUACUAUUA